AUGACAAAUGACAUCGAAACCCAAGCGGAUCUGUUCGAAUUUGACGACGAAGAUGUUUUAUCUGCUACAUCUUCCGCUGAUCUGAACGACGAAGUACCACACGAAGAUUUACCUCCUGAGUUAUAUAACCAAAUCAAUGAAUGUCUUCAAAUUGAAGAAAACAAACAAGAUGAUGAACUAACGGAAUUCAUAACGAAAGCACGAGAACAGGGUUGUAACUGUCUUGAUCUAUCCAAAAGGAGUAUUGCUCAAUUUCCUGUCGUUUUACUCGAAUAUCCUUCGUUAGAUUAUUUAUAUUUAGAAGGUAAUCAAUUGACAGAACUGCCCGAUGAUUUAUUUCUCUCCUUGCCAAACUUAAAAUGGAUCGAUCUACGGAACAAUCAAUUAACUCACAUUCCUUCAAAUGGUCUCACCAAGCAUCCAUCCUUGAGAUAUUUGUUAAUUGGCGGGAACUUCAUACGUGAAUUACCUAUUGAACUAGGUAAAGUAAAACAUUUGUCAACUCUCAACCUUGAUGGUAAUCCAUUAGAAUAUCCACCAGCGGAUAUUGUUAAACAAGGUAUUAAAGCAAUUCAACAGUAUUUACGUGAUGAAUAUGUUCGACAAGAUACAUUCGAUUCCGAAGAUGAAAAUGAUCAUGAAGAACAACAGCAACAACAACAACAAUUCGAUAUCGUUCCCGAUGUUUGGGCAUCCGAGGAUGAUGAUGAUGGAAAAGAUAAUCAGCGGCAAAAAGCAAGAAAAACAAAGAUAAUUUCAAAACAAAACAAUCAAGUAACGAAAACAGUAUCUGCUGAUCCAGUGGGAGAUGUAUAUGCAGCUCGAGCACUGGAAGAACAACGACUACGACGUUUGAAACAUCGUAAUAUCAAAAUUAAUGAAGAAUUAGAAAAAGUGAAAAGCAAAGAGUAUCUAGAUGAAUGGAAGGAAGAUUAUCGUUCUAGUCAGCAACAAUUACGUCGUAAGCGAUUGGUGAAAGGCAGAGAUUAUCCUGAAGCUGUUGUACAAGCUCCCUUCGGGAUUGAUCCAAAUUAUAUUCAAGUGAUGAAUAAAGAUCAGCAAGAAAUGGUUGAGAGAGCUGUGAAAUAUGAAAGUCGACGACAUCGUUCACCUGAAAGUGCGAUGCAAGAAGAAGAAAAUCGGCGUACACGCGAUCGACAACUUCAAGCUCGUAUUCGCGAAAUAACGGGUAAAAUAAGGGAACGCCGUAAUCGAGCACCAGGCAAUGCUUCGGAAGACAAACACCAAGCGGAAUUAGAACUUCACGAACUACGAAAACUUCAAAAUGAAGUCCGUCAACGACGUAUUCAGAUCAAUACUCGUUUUAAAGCUUACACUGGUGAUCUACGAAAACUUCAAAAUGAAGUCCGUCAACGACGUAUUCAGAUCAAUACUCGUUUUAAAGCUUACACUGGUGAUGUAAAAGCUCGUAAAAAAUUGUAA